UCAAAAGAAAAACAGAUUUGAAAAUGGCAGAGUGCAUGCCUCAGUGCUGUUUCACUUUUCUCCUGCAUGCAGGUAUGUUGUCAAGCUCUGCCUGAGCACUGUUUGUUUAAUGACUAAAAGCACUUCAUGUCACUCCAAAGAGUAAAUAGCUGAAGUUAUGGAUUAACUAAGUUCCAGCCGAGCUCAUGGUGGAAGAAUAGAUCACGCUGAUUCACACUGAAUAAAGCCGUGACUCCUGCUGCAGUAUGUGGAAGCUCGUCACCAUAGGGGUGUUGCUGGCUGCCUGCUCUUCACAAGUCUGUAGUACCUCAAUAUUUUACAGCACUAAAGAUGCAAACCAAGUCCUGAAAAUCCAGAAGCGGGCAAACUCUUUUCUGGAGGAGGUCAAACCAGGCUCUGUGGAACGUGAGUGCAUUGAAGAGCAGUGUGACUUUGAGGAGGCCAGUGAGAUAUUUGAAACAAAGGAAGCAACACGAAACUUUUGGAACAAGUAUGUAGAUGGAGAUCAGUGUGACCCACAGCCUUGUUCCAAUGGGGCCUGCAAGGAUAGUAUUGGAAAAUUUUCCUGCAUCUGUAACAAAGGCUGGGAGGGUGUUCUGUGCAAUUAUGAAGUCAAAUACACCAACUGUUCUGUCAAUAAUGGAGGAUGUGAACAUUUCUGUAGGGAUGACCCUGCCAACCAGGGCCGCUCUUGCAGCUGUGCGUCUGGGUAUCAGUUGAUGAACGACCAUCUCAUGUGCAAGCCUGUAGUGGAGUUCCCCUGUGGAAGAGUGAAAAUGGACGACAUUGAAGCCAAAGCAGGAUUCAGUAUUCGGCUCAUUGAGGGAAGAGCAGGAAGAAGGGGAGACAGCCCUUGGCAGGUAAUGCUGCAAAAUAGCAAAGGGAAAUUUCUGUGUGGGGGUGUUCUCAUCCAUCCAUCUUGGGUCCUAACGGCAGCACACUGCACUGAGGCGGAAGAGGGGCUCAAAGUAAGACUUGGUAAAUUCCACCGUUACCGUAUUGAGGCAGACGAGCAAACCAUUUGGGUUGAUAAAUAUGUGAGCCACGAAAAUUACACCGCGGAGACCUCCGAUAAUGACAUAGCCAUGCUGCACUUGGCUGAGCCUGUGCUGUAUAACAAAUACACGCUCCCUAUCUGUCUUCCCACCCGCAACCUGGCAGAACAGGAGCUGACAAGAAGUGGGAAGCAGAUGGUGGUAACUGGCUGGGGCAGCACAAGCGAUGUUAACAACAAUUACUCUACUUUCCUCAGUUAUAUUCAAAUCCCCAUGGUUCCCCGGAACGAGUGUGCCCAGGUGAUGAGAUUUGCCAUCUCUGACAACAUGCUGUGUGCUGGGAGCUUAGAAGACAAAAAAGAUGCCUGCAAUGGGGACAGUGGAGGCCCUAUGAUCACUAAAUAUAAGGAUACUUGGUUUUUGGUAGGACUGGUGAGCUGGGGCGAAGGCUGUGGAAGAAAGGAGAAAGUUGGAGUCUACACCAAAGUUAGUCAGUAUCUUGAGUGGAUCCAGCACCACAUAGAACAGAUGCCAGCUUCUUGGAAGGGCUGA